AGCAGUAGCGGGCAUAGGACACACCACAGACUACAGAGUAGAGCAGCAAAUCAAGAUGGCAUCCAAAGAGAGUACGAGUACCGUGUCAAAGGAGCAGCACGAUGUCAAUAGUGACUCCAAACAACACGUCAAUCAGUUUAUUUGCAAGAAAGUGAUAUUUGACAAGACAGAGCUACACGACAAAUUAAUAAGUGACAUAACUGACAAGUGUAUUAGUGAUGAUUUGAAUGUUAAUAAUAACAGUGUAAUAACAUCGGUGUCGAGCGGGACGCCCACGGAAUUAACAUUGGCGUCAUCAACAACUACUAGACUAUUUUCUUCCCAGCGCAAUGACAGUGGAUUUGUAAAUUCACCUCCAAGUAAUUCCCAGUACAAUUAUCCCGAUAAUGCUGAAGGCCCUGCUGAUCGAGAUCUGUCUGGUGGGACUGUCAACAUUGCCGUAAUGCCUCAGUCACGGUUUGAUACAUCAUCUCCCAACAUUAUGUCCGGUAAUAGGAAUGUUAAGGACGCAAAUAUAUCUACGUCCCUUUCGCGUGCUAAUACUACUGAUUCUGAUGAGACAAAUUGUGGAACUGCAAGAGAACCUGUUAAAACUCCACGAGAUAUUAUUAAUAUACAUGUGGAUACAACAUUCACCGAACCAAUGGCAGAAACAAGCCUCCCUAGCAAGCUUCCCACCUGCAAGCCCGGCGAAAAAGACUGUGGAAACGUGUCGAGCAAAACUCCCCAGCUCGGAGAGAGUCCUCACAGCAGCGGCAACAACAUCCUAACCAGCCCGCGAAGCCCCGACUACCCGCCACGAGUACCCGCCAACCCCCUAAGCCCAGACACAACUUUCACAUCAACCGAGAACUCAGUCCCCCGAACAGUCACAAUGGAAGCCAAGUACUUGACAAGUUCUCCGGAAAACCCCGAAAACCCUUCCCUAAAAUCUGAGCUUCCUAAAACCGACUCAAGUCCACCAAUUCCUCCGAAGCUCGAGAUAAAAACCGAGCCACCGGACCUCACUCCAAGAAACAUCGACGAAAAACCAUUAAUAACCCUGGACCAAUCUCAAAUAAAGCUAACUUCCUGCGAGUCUCGUCCACCCGUGUCUUCAUCACCGACCUCCACAACGACCCUCACCCACCAGUCCCACCCCGAAAAAUCCUCCAGCGAGAAACGCAGCCGUAGUUCCGACAGACAUCGCUGCUCCCGUUGCUACAAACGUAGCAAAAUAAAACGAGCCAGCAUCGGAGUUCAAUGCCGUCGCGAUCGCAACGCGACUCCUCUCCAACUCCAGCGCAAAGAUUCAGAAUUCACUCACCCAGCCAACGUGAACCUUCGCCUGCAUCUCGAGACAAAAAGCUGCAAAUUACUGCAGCAGAUAACCGGAAUCGCACCGAUUAAAUACAAUGAAGAAUUAGAAGGUCUAAAGUACCGAAAAUUCAUUCACAUAGAACCUUACCCCAACGGAGGCGCUACAGUCGUCCACAUGUACCAAGACGAGAUCGACGGAUUGUCAAAGGAGCAAAUGGACGAACUGACCCAAGAGUUCUUCAAAGUAGUCUUCGGAGAAGACGAAAACGGGAAUGCGCAUCACGUUAUGGGAAUAGUUCACAAUUCCGCAGCGUAUUUACCGGACUUACUAGACCACAUGGCUUACAAUUACCCGACACUUACCGUAAAAAACGGAGUUUUGGGUCGCAACAGCGACAUUGAGACCACGACUAUGUUACAGUACAAAGAGCACGUGUACAAAGCUUACAAUAAUGGAACCGUACGGUACGGACCGCUGCACCAGAUCAGUCUUGUCGGGACUGUCCAUGAGGAAGUCGGCGGAUAUUUUCCCGACCUGCUCCGAAGAUUGGAGGAGAAUCCCUUUUUAAGACUGACCAUGCCCUGGGGCGCGAUGUCGGUGGUAAAAAUGGAGACUCCUCAAGAAUCUAAUGACGGACCUAUUUUGUGGAUCCGUCCGGGCGAGCAGCUGGUCCCUACUGCGGAUAUAAACAAGAGUCCGUGUAAAAGACGCAGAACGGGAAUUAACGAAUUGAGGAAUCUCCAAUAUUUACCGAGAUUGAGCGAAGCUAGGGAGUACAUGUUCGAAGACCGGACUCGCGCUCACGCGGACCAUGUAGGCCAUGGGCUUGACCGGAUGACCACCGCUGCGGUGGGAGUUCUUAAGGCUAUCCACGGUGGCCAGCCCUCUGAGUACAACAGAAUAACUAAGGACGUGGUCGCGUUUUACGCUGGAGACUUUCCGGAGCUGGUUGAGCAAUUGCAGCUUGAUUUGCACGAGCCGCCGAUCUCGCAGUGUGUCCAGUGGAUUGAAGACGCUAAAUUGAACCAAUUGAGGCGACAGGGAAUUCGUUAUGCUCGGAUUAAUUUGUACGACAAUGAUAUUUAUUUUUUACCCCGGAAUAUUAUUCAUCAAUUUCGAACUGUCUCCGCGGUGUCUAGUAUCGCUUGGCAUGUUAGGUUAAAACAGUAUUACCCUGAUGCGGGGGGUAAUUCUAGUGUGAGACACAAUCGCUUGAUUCCGGAGAACAGUAGUCAGUUUAAGGAGAAAGAUUUGGUGGAUGAGCAGAAGGAGAAUGCUGAUAGGCAACACAUGGCUGAGAAAAAGGCUAAAGAGCGGGCUGCUGAGUAUCAGGGGAAUCUUAAGAAGUCUGAUCAGCAUGGCAGGAAGAGGAAUAAGAGUCGCGAGAGGCGCAGUGGGGAUUGCAAGAGAAAGGAACGGAGAAAUUCGACUAGUAAGUUGGAGAAGGUGGGAGGCAAUGGGGGGGAUGUUAAUAUUUCUGGGGAGAGAAAGAGGAAGUCUACUGAUGAUGAUAGGAGGUCUAAGAAGCAUGAUGAUAGGCAUCGCAGGAGGUCGCUUAGUAAGUCCAGGAGGCGGAGUAGGUCUAGUGAGGAGGAGAAGAAGAAGAAGAAGAAGGAAGAGAGGAAUUCUGGGGGUGAGGUUAAAGCUUGCUUGGAGGUUAAAGAAGCGGAGGGGAAAGAAAGAGAGGUUAAAGAGGGAGAUAGAGAGGUUGAGGGUGAUGAAAUUCUUCAGAAAAGGUGUGAGGAUGGAGGUGUGAGGCUUGAUGAGGAUGUUAAAGUAGCGAGACGCUCCGCGGGGAAAGAAUAUGCGACUGAUGUUGUUGAUGAAGCUUUGGAGAUUGCUGUUUAUAAAUCUAAGACUGAUGUUGAAGAAGUUUGCCAGUCUUUGAGGGACGGAGUCGCGGAGGCUUCUAAGGAAGUUGCGGAGAGGAUUAAGAAGGAGUGUGCUGAGUUGGCGAUAAAGGAGUGUGAGGAUAAGGAGGAGAAGGAGAAGAUUGACGAGUUGGAGAGGUUGCUGGUUGAUGAAACUAUGAAGGCGUUUACUUCUGAGAGGGAGUGUGCGACGGAAAAUGCGCUUAAAGCGCUGAUUGAGAUGGCUGAGGAGGAGGCAAAAGAAAGGAAUCGGGAAGCCGAGCCUAAAGGGACUGGAGAGACUGGAGGGACUGGAGGAGUUAAAAAGGUUGAGGAGAAAAUGGAGGUUAAUCUUGAGUGGAGAAACACAAGGCCGGAGAAACACAGGUCUAAAGAAAGCUCCAGGAAGUAUGAUAGGGACUCCAGAGAUCGGCAUAGAGAGAAAGAUAGGGAUAAAGAGAGGAAGAGUAAGUCUACGAGUAAGUCUCAUACUUCUUCGUCUUCGUCGCCUUCUUCCUCCUCCAGCUCCUCGGUGACUAAGUCCAAGGACGGGUCCAGGAGUUCUAAGGAUAAGAAGCGAGAGUCUCAUAGGCAUGAGAAAGAUUAUCAUAGGAAGAGCUCGCAUAGAAGUUCUCAGUCGAGUUCCAGCCAUAAGAGGAAACAGAGCUCUAGGGAAGGGUGUAAGGAGUCUAAGAGGAUUUGCACUGAGGUUAGCCAGGCUAGUGGGAGUGGUGGGAGUGGGAGUGGGAGUGCUAGUGCGAGUGGGAAUUUAAGUACCGCUAGUUUGAUGUCUUCGGUUAAUUUGUCUUCGGGAAAAGAAGAAGCUCCGAGUGCUAGUAGUAAUGGUAGUUUUAAUGCUACGUGAAUUUUUAAGUUUUGGGGGAUUGUUUUUAAUUAUUUUGAACGAUCAAAGUUUAUUCUGACAAAUUUCAAUUGUGUGGUUAUUGUUGAACAAUAUAAAACACUAUUGUGAUGAUAAUUAAUAACAAUUAAAAAUUGUUAUUUCGCGUUACUAAUGCUAAAAGGGUGUAUAAAAAAUUUUUUUUUCACUCAAACCUAAAAUUGUUUAUAACAAUUAGAUCUGUAAGAAAAGUGAAUCAAAAAAUUUUUGUAUGCGCUCUUUUGGCUUUAAGACAAAAGAAUUCUAAAGCCAAAAGGGCGUAUUAUUUUUUUUAAUCAUAAUUAAUUAUUAGCCUUAAAAAAAAAUUAUAAUACUGGUAGAAAUAAUGACUUUUAUACUCAUUUUAUUUGAAGAGAAUAUGUAUUUAAUUAGAGAAGAAAAUAAAAUAUCAAUUUAGCGAGGCACUACUCCGAUGCCGUCUCCAUUAUUAUCUUUUGCUUCUGAAAGUAAAAAAUAAUAAAUAUAUAUUGCUUGUAAAGCUAAACUUUGAAAAAAUACUUUAAUCUUAAAACAAAUUCAUCAGUUGUUACCAUCAUCAAAGCACAGAUUUUUUUAAUAUCGAUAGUAUUUUAUAAUUUGUACUAUUAAACAUAACUCAUUACACUUUCUCAGUGGAGACAUGAUUAUUGGGUCAAUAUAUUGAUAGAAGGAUUUCUUAGUAUUUA